UGCUUUUAAUAUUUGAUCAUUUAUCCAAAAUAUUUGAAAAAAAAUCACUGGAUAUCAGAUCGUAAUUUUUUUAGCUAAAAUAUGUCAAAAUUCAAAAUGAUACAGUUGUUCCUAAUCAUACAGGCAACCAAUAUUCCAAUGGUUUAUUCACUAUUUUUAUACGCUGUUCAUGAUUUUGUUGGUCAUUCACCACCAAAAAUUGAUGCAAAACAAACAAAUGACGGUUUUAAAGAUCAAAAUUUAAUGGAAUUAAUCGAACGUGGUAAGAAUUUAUCGACAACAGCUCAUAAAAAAUUAUUCGAACAUAAAGAUAACGUAAAAAUAAACAAAUAUCGACGAAUGGUCGUACAAGAUUUAGAUUAUUUGGAAUUGAUAAUCAAACGUGCUGAAUCGUUUAUUCCAUGUGUCAAUAAUCCAUUUAUGGCCAAAUUGAUUGCAUAUACUCGUAAAGAUUUAGAGGUAACAAUCGAUCGUUUUGAAGUGAUAAUGAUGUUAUAUGAUCAAGGUGAUGAUCAAUCAAUGCCAACAUUAACAUUAUUCGUACAACAAUUAAUCGAUCAAAGUAAUAAUGAUGUUGGUUAUCUAAAUUCUCAUGGACAUUGUGAAUAUGCGGAUAAAAUUUCUGAACAAAGUGCUAGAAUACAGAAAAUGUUAUUGAAUCUUAAAGAACAAAUGGAUCAAUUAGAUGAUCGAAAAUUUUCGAAUAAUGUUCGUCAAUUACUUGUAUCAAUGAUUGAUUUUGAAAAUCUAAUACUUGAAGCCGAAAAACAAUCCAACAUUAAUUCUGUAAUUCAUUGAACAAAAUAAAUAUCAUGUUAAAUUAAAAUUUUCAAUUUAUUUUGAAUGUUUUUGUUU